AUUAUUACAAUCAUGUCUGGAUUAGCAAAUUAUCAGAAAGAGUUCAUCACGACUUGUUUGUCUAACAAGAUCUUAAAAUUCGGCACUUUCACACUCAAGAGUGGCAGAACAUCACCUUACUUCUUCAACGCAGGCGAUUUAUCGACUGGUGAACUCGUCCUUAUGACGGCGAGAGCCUACGCAGAGGCAAUCCUCGCCAGCGGCGUUAAGUUUGACAUGUUAUUCGGUCCUGCAUACAAGGGAAUACCAUUAGUUGCAGCCACUGCGCUUAUCUUGCAAUCUGAACAUAAGAUUAACGUACCAUUUGCAUUUGACAGAAAAGAGGCUAAAACACACGGUGAAGGUGGUAACAUAAUUGGUGCACCAUUCAAAGGAAAAGUUUUAGUUUUAGACGAUGUUAUCACAGGUGGUACAUCGAUCAGACACUCGAUAAACCUUAUCAAGAAUGCAGGCGAACAGGCAGAAUUCGCUGGUGUUGUCGUCAGUGUCGAUAGACAAGAGAAGGGUCAAGGUGAAAAGUCAGCCAUUCAGGAAGUUGAGUCGGAAUACGGUGUUAAUGUCUUUAGCGUCAUCGGUAUGACAGAUAUUAUCAAAUAUCUCGAGACUACUCAAGCGGAUCAAGCAUUAAUUGAUCAAAUGCUUAAAUACAGGGAAACUUAUGGUUGUUAAGUAGAUUUUUUAUUAAUAAUUUCUUUAUUUGGAAGGUAUACUUUAGUUUGAAAUUUGAGAUUCCAGCUGUCAUUUAGCGUCAUGAGAGGAUUAUUAUACAAAGCAGCUGUUAUAGCUUUCAGCACCACAGCCACAGCCAUCACCAAGGAGCAAUUAGAAGAUAUUGCGCCAAAGACUUCGAGCUGCACUGAUGCCAAAUAUGCAGACGAGUGUGCAACAAGCGAAGUAGCAGCUGAGCAACUAACUAAGGCCAUUGAAGAGCACAAAUUGAGUGCAAGUGAGAGUGCAGCAGUUAUCGCCUGGCAGUUGAAUGAGUCACUUGAGUACCGCUACAAUAUCAACCAUUUCAGUAAUGGACAAGAAAAGCACAAUCCAGGCCAGGGUUCUCGCUGUAUGGCCAACUCUCAAUUCGUGGCGGCAUACGUCGCUGCACACGAUGAUUUACGUAGUCAAUCGCCUGUUGAGCUUGAAGCCAACGCUACGCCUGCCAGUAUCACCGGAAUGAACAUCAGCGACGAAGACAAGGACAAGAUUUUAGAUCUCGUAUUAGAUGAUGCACACAGCUGGGACGUCGCAUUCUGGUUCUACGACAGCCAAUGUACAGACAGCGUAAAAGAGCAACUCAAGGACGGUGGCCUCGACGCAUUCAUGCAACAAUGCGUGGGUGGACCAACACCGGAGAAAAUAUACAACUAUUAUGAGAAACUAUCAGAUGUACUCUAAAAUCUUUCUUUAUUAUCUACGACCAUUAUGCACUAUCUAUCAACUCGCGGCGGUGACGAGAAAUUGAGCUUUGAGGAUGCUAUCUUACAAGGUCUUGCACCAAAUGGCGGAUUGUACAUUCCAUCCGAGAUUCCUUCUCUACCAGCGAAUUGGGAAGAGAAAUGGAUAAACCUUCCAUUUGAAGAAUUGGCUUAUGAAUUGACAAAGCUGUUUGUCCCAGAGGAUUCCAUCCCAGCCGACGAUCUCAAGGAUUUAAUAAGAAGAUCAUACGCUACAUUUAGACACAGCGAGCGCACCCCUAUCACCCAAGUUGGCAGCAACAGAUUCGUCCUUGAAUUGUUCCAUGGUCCUACCUUCGCUUUCAAGGACGUCGCACUUCAAUUCUUAGGCAAUCUCUUUGAAUACUUCCUCAAGCGUCGCAACGCAAACAAGCAGCCAGGCGACGUCAGAGAGAAGCUAACUAUUGUCGGUGCAACUUCAGGUGAUACUGGAAGUGCAGCCAUCUACGGUGUUAGAGGUAAGGACGAUAUCAGCAUCUUCAUCCUCCAUCCAAAAGGCAGAGUCUCACCUAUCCAGGAAGCCCAGAUGACUACCGUACUCGACAGCAAUGUACACAACUGCGCUGUUGAGGGUACAUUCGACGAUUGCCAAGAUAUCGUCAAGUCAUUGUUCUCCGAUAAGCCAUUUAACGACACACACAAACUCGGUGCAGUAAACUCAAUCAAUUGGGCUAGAAUUCUCUCACAGAUUACCUACUACUUCUACUCCUACUUCCUCGCUAAAAAGCAAACACCUGCCGGAUCAGAAGUUCAAUUCGUCGUCCCAACUGGUAACUUUGGUGAUAUCUUAGCUGGUUUCUAUGCUAAGAAGCUUGGCUUGCCUAGCCAGCCUAUGGUUAUUGCAACAAAUGCAAAUGACAUUCUCACCAGAUUCUGGAGAACUGGUGUAUACGAAAAGUAUGACUCAAACCAACACGUACAAGCGGUCGAAGGUGCCGUCGAAGCUGCACAAGGCAGUAGUGACGGUAAGCAAGCCUUGGCGGUUGUUGGUGGUGUAAAAGCAACACUCUCACCAGCUAUGGAUAUUCUCGUCUCUUCAAAUUUCGAAAGAUUACUCUGGUACAUUGUUUUAGAAUCCAUGACAAAGGGUGACAAAAUAGCUGCCUCUAAGCAAGUAAACAACUGGAUGAAUGAGCUUAAAACCAACGGAAGAUUCAGCGUUCCAGAGGAAGCCCUUGCUGUUGCAAGACGCGAUUUUACAGCGUCAUCAGUCAAUGAUGAACAAACUACCCAAACAAUUAAACAAUAUUUCUCUCAACCAGAGCCAGGCUUCAAGAGCUACACAGUCGAUCCACACACAGCUGUUGGUUUGAAAGCAUCAAGUGAUGUCAAGAACGAGAGCAACGUCUACCAAAUUUGCCUUGCAACAGCUCAUGCGGCAAAGUUCUCAGAAGCCGUCGAGAAUGCACUCAAAGAUGAGGCUUCCUUCAACUUCGAAAGAGAUGUCUUGCCUACAGAAUUCCACGGUUUGAUGGACAAGCAAAGAAGAGUCAUUGAUAUCGAAGGUAUCGAUCCAGAACUCACGAAGAGGGUAGUUGAAUCAAAAGCUGUGAAAGAGGCUACUCAUGGUAAUGUAGGUAUUUAGAAAUGUCAUUUUACUGGGUUUUUUGUAAAAAAAGAAUAAAAUAGAAUUGUU